AAAACAUUAAACAUGUAUUAAUGACAAAUGAAAACUAGAAAAAUAUAGUAUCUCGGUAGUUUUAAAAAUUGUCCUUUUAUAAACAUCUUUUGGCUGUGCCUUUGGGUUUUAAUAUAAAACGAAUAACUUUCUCAAACUCAAAGCUCUUGAUGGCUUGAACUCAAUUUAUUUAAUUCAGAUAUUCUUACGGUAAAGUAAUUACGUUGCUUAAUUUUUUUUUUCGUAUCAUUAUUCAUUUCAGACCCCCAAAAUUUAAAAGAAAUCUGCCCCCAAAUAAUAUUAUAUAUAAAAAUGGUAGAUAACAAUAGAUUAAUUAAUUAAUACUAUUAAUAGUUAAUAGGCAUAACCCCCAUAGAUGCAAAAUGAGGGUCUCUUAUGAAAAUAAAUAGGCCUAAAUCUCUAUAUUUAUUUAAUAUAAAAUAUAUUUAUACCGGGCUACUGGGAAAUUUUAUUUAAAUAAGGGGUUUACGGUUUGUGCACUUUAACUUUAAGAUUAAUCAUCAGUAGUUCUCUAGUCUUAGUCUUAUUGGUCCAUCAGUAUUGUCUCUUCUUAGCCAUAGGGCAUGCCCAUAUUGGCUAUUGGCCAUAUUUGAUUUGUUCAUUUUUUGACCCAGCUUAGUACACUACAUUAACACAGUUUUGAUGAGUUAAUUUAAAGAAAACAAGAGACAAACUCUUGUGUGUCUUAAACUUAAAUGCUGCAGCACUGCAGCAAUACCACAUUUAAUAAUAAUAAUAAUAAUAUUUAUGAGAUUUUUUUUCAAUUGAGUAAUUAAAAUGUUUUUUUAAUAUAAUAAAGGUAGAAAAAAUGCAAGCUUCAAGCUCUAAACUGGACACAGAAGAAUACACAUUACGGAAACGUUUGCCACACAGGUAAAUUUAAUUUUUAAUGAAUGAAUAAUUUUUAUUACCAACAGACAGGUGCAUUGUAAAAAAAUAAAUUGUACCAGUUGAAAGCUCGGAAAGGAUGGGGUGAAGGGGGUGUUACGAUAGUGGACAAUAAAAAGUUGAAUUUUAUAGGUAAGCUGCAAAUUUGUGUAAAUAAGGUAAUUUAAAGUUCCUCUCUCGUGGAGAAUGAGCUAUCCAAAUAAAUUGUAUAUACAAUUUUUGAUCUGGUCAUGUUAUUCAUUCUUUGCCUUGUGAGCUCUUUUAUAUUCACACUCUUGAUUUACUUAAUGCACAGUGAUUUUAGUAAUACAUUUCUUAAUCUACAUGAGGCAGUAUCAUGAAGUUUAGCUAGUGAUGACAUACAUACAUUUGACAAGACCGAGCACUGUUAGUAAUAGAUGACUCUGCUGCUUUUAAAUCUCAAAAAAUAUAGUUUUAUUGAUUGAUAAUCUUAACUUCAUUUUUUAUUUUAAAGCUUAAUGUUACCGGCAUUAUAAUAAGUUUGGUCUAUGAAUUAUGAAUAUUUUAUUAAAGAUAUGUUGACAUUAACCCUGGAUCUGCUCUUUACCUGCCAGGUACCCACAGCGACACAAUGAUGUUUAUAUUUCAGCAAAAACAAACUUCAAAGCUCAGGAAUCAAAAUGUCUGAAAUUACUUGAUGCUGGAAAUGAAGUUGUAAUUCAUGGACUUGGAAGAGCGGUCAACAGAGCUAUAAAUUUGGCUCUUCAAUUAAAAUCCAAAGGAGUAGGUACAGUUAACCUUGCUGUGCAGACAUCAACAGUUGAUUUAAUUGAUGAUCUUGUACCAGAGACAGAUGAUGGAGAGCCAAAGACUGUUUUCAGAAGCAAUUCUGCUGUGCAUAUUAGAAUUUAUAGGCCUGUUGAAAACACAGAGCCAUCGGAAAAGGAGACACGGUCAGCUGGCAAAGAAAAGCUCUAACAUAUUCUAUGUGAAUUGGUUGCAUGCAUCAUAAGCUGUGAAUGGGAUAAAUGAAUCAGUAUGUUAAUGAAGAAAUAGAGAUGUGGCAAAAAUGAUAUUAUUAUUACUCUAUUAUCUGAUGAGGAACACUGCCAUGUGUUUAUGCUAAGAAAAUAACAUACACCCCACCCCCCCUCAAAAAUCUAAUUUUGUUGACUAAAAUGUCUAAGUUUCUAAACAUUGCUUUUAUAAAUAAUAAAUGUCAUUUGAAGUUUAUUCAUCUUGAUUUUUUAUUUUUUUUUAAAUUAUAAAAAUAUUUUUUAAUUAUUGCAACUUUCACAACUUAAUCAAAAUAGAAGUUAAAGUAACAGGUAUCGAUGUUGAACAACUGUACUUAAUUUCUAUGGUAACUAACAAAAGGUGCCCUUUUGUUAUGGCAAUUCGUGAAAUAAUAAAGUUUUUUUGGAAUUCAAGUCUAGCCAGUUUUGGAGACUUUUACAGUAUAAGAGUCAAGUGUAGCAAAUCUCAGCUAUUAAUAUGAAGGAGCCCCUAUAUGGAUCAUAAAAUCACUUUUUUAGCAUUUUAAAUUUGUUUUUUUCAGGGAUAAAAUUAAAAAUAUCUAAUUUUAUGUUAACAGAUAUCAAAUUUUAUAAUAUUGGAGAAAGAAGACAUUAAAAAUGUGCCAGCUUCAAGAUACAUUAAAGUUGUGUUUUACUCAUUCUGUCAACAGUAAGAGUUAUCUUUCACCAAGUUUAUUUAAUGAAUCGAAAUAGAUUUGGUAAAAAAACAGAACAAAUUAAAUUUUAAAAGUUUCAAGUUUUUUGAGUGUUUUUAAAAUUUAUUUUUGUAAGUCAUUACAACAAAAAACACAACACAAACUAUACAAGAACAGGUACAUUGAUGCAUCUACACAUAAUUUAUUGCAGUUUGUAGCGUUUUUCACAGCCUAAAAAACCCACUUUCAUAGUUCAUGUAAACAUUCACAAAUAAUUUUACUUUAGCUACCAUGAUUUUCUGCUGCAAAAUCUAUUGAUUUUUCUUCCUGUUUUAAAUGGCUUCUUAAAAUUGUCAGAGAUUUGCAUAUAAUCAAAAUUACAUAAUCUUACUGAUAAUACAUGUGAAUGAAAUUACAAAAUGAAACUGACUGAUAAAUCAUAUUAAUUGCUAAUACAAUUUAAAAAAUAAUGCAUGUGUAAAUUGUGGGCUAUUUGUGGCAUAAAAAGUAUUUUUUUUUUACAUGGUAUAAACCUUGGGGUUGGAAUGAAACAAAUUGUCAAAAAGUUCUUU